AUGAGUACCCGUAAUUACAAGCUAGCAAAAUUUAUCCCAUCCAUUUUACGACCCCUCUUGAAGUGUGAUGAGCAUUUUAUCAAGAAUUCACCUCAUUUAGUGAAGAAACUCGGAACACUGACUGUUGAACGUGAUGAAUGCUUAGUGAGUUACGAUGUGGUAUCCCUGUUCACACAAAUGUCUGUCAACGAAUGUCUGGACAUAGUGAGAAGUCGUCUUAACAGCGAUAAUGCACUCAGUGAUCGAACGAACUUGACAGCUGACGAAAUAAUGAGAGCAACUGAACUAUGUCUGAAGUCAACACUAUUUGUGUAUAACCGUUCACUCCCCAAACAAACUGACGGUGUUGCCAUGGGAUCACCCAGUUCACCGACAAUUGUGAACUUGUUUAUGGAAGAGCUGGAAGAACGGCUACUGAAUUCGACAACUUUGGUACCAAGAGUCUGGUGGCGCUAUGUGGACAAUACCUUGGACGGUGGUGGCCCGGUGGUAACGUCACCAAUCAUCACCCAGGAGGACGAGUGUUCGAAUCCAACCAGCACCCCUUGGAUUCCCCCAUCUCUGUAUUUUAUGGCAGCCAUUUGA